GUUGGUCAAACGGGUUCCGGUAUCACGUGUUCUUCCCUGUCUGACAGAGAGACAAAACGUACCCACACUGUCUCCCCGCGCUGACAUAGCAUACUGUAUAGCAGACUGAUUUAACCUGUUUAAGUUACGGUAUUUGGUUUAUGAUUUGCUACUAAACUGAACCGGCCGGUUCUACAGGUUUCAUAGCGACUCAUAGCGACAGGACGGCGAGUAGCUGCUGGUGAACUCCCAUUAAAUAACCUGACAGCCUGUGCAGCCAGGCCUAGAUUUUGAACCGUGGUUCAAGGUGGGAACUUUGGGGAAUUUUAGGUUUGUCUCCCCAUGACAACGUGUCACCAUGGAGACUGCGGCUCCAGCAGUGAUGCCGAGCGGCGCACCUCUGAUGAUGAGGACGCGGAGCUCGCUGAGCUUGGACCGCUGCUGACCAAUCCAGCUAAAGCAGAGAAAUCAAGAGUGAGUUGUGGGUCAUUUGGGGGUGCGUCAGCAUUUCCUGAUGAGGAUGAGAAUGAGGAAGAAGAUGAAGGUUUGCGGGUGGUUACACUGCCCAUGCAGGCACACCAUGCCAUAGAGAAGAUGGAGGAGUUUGUACACAAGGUAUGGGAAGGACGUUGGCGAGUUAUUCCAUACCAUCUUCUCCCUGACUGGCUAAAGGACAAUGAUUACCUGCUCCAUGGACACCGGCCACCCAUGCCGUCCUUCCGUGCCUGUUUUGGGAGCAUCUUCAGGAUUCACACAGAAACUGGAAACAUCUGGACGCACCUUUUGGGCUUAAUUCUGUUUCUGUGCUUGGGCACACUGACAAUGCUGCGGCCAAAUGUGUCAUUCAUGGCACCUGUCCAGGAGAAGGUGGUGUUUGGGAUGUUUUUCCUGGGUGCAGUUCUUUGUUUGUGCUUCUCCUGGCUUUUUCACACUGUCUACUGCCACUCGGAAAAGGUCUCCAGGACUUUCUCCAAGUUGGAUUAUUCUGGUAUCGCGUUGUUGAUCAUGGGCUCAUUCGUUCCGUGGCUGUACUACUCGUUUUACUGCUCUCCUCAGCCGCGGUUCAUCUAUCUCUCUGUUGUAUGUGUGCUGGGUGUCGCUGCCAUCAUUGUGGCCCAGUGGGAUCGAUUCGCCACCCCUCGCCACCGGUCCACACGUGCAGGUGUUUUCCUGGGCCUCGGUCUGAGUGGGCUCAUCCCCACAAUGCAUUUUACCAUCGCAGAGGGUUUUGUGAAGGCAACAACAGUGGGUCAGAUGGGCUGGUUCUAUCUGAUGGGUGCCAUGUACAUUAGUGGAGCGACGCUUUAUGCAGCACGGAUACCUGAACGUUACUUCCCUGGAAAAUGUGACAUCUGGUUUCAGUCUCAUCAGAUAUUCCAUGUGCUGGUGGUCGCGGCGGCGUUUGUCCAUUUUUAUGGGAUCUCAAACCUGCAGGAGUUUCGUUAUGGUCUGGAAGGAGGCUGCACAGAUGACACUCUGCUGUAAAAAAAAAAAAAAAAAUCACUUGAACUUUGGCCAGUGCCUGCUCACUUCACCAUAAACCUGGACCCGACACAAUGCUGAUUUAAAGAUUUUUAUUAUCUCUUGAAGGAUUUUAACAUAUUUGAAUAAGAUGUGUAUUUGUUAAGAUGCUUAAACUGUUGGAUACAUGAGGUAGUCUUGUGUUUAUAUUGUUCUUUACUGUUUCAAUGCAGCACAGAAUUUAUUGUAAAUCACUGGAAUAAAUCAUAAAGCAUCACAGAGGUUUGGAGAGACACUACCUCCUCUAACACUUUUUCUUUUGAUCUAUUGGUUCAUGGUUCUGUACUUUGUAAGAAAUUUAGGGAAAACGCAUUUGAACAUGCUUAGGCCUCAGUUUUCUCAAACAUGUUUGCAUGAUCAUUCAUUAACUUUUGACCUGAAAUGCUUAAACCCAGAGCUUUGGGAUUCAUGUUGGGACUCAAUUUUAGCUUCUGUUUGAGUAAAUCAGGGUUUCAGUUCAAAAUACUUGCACUGGUUUUAGAAGUCAAGAUAUUUAAAAAGAGCAAAAUAAAGAUAAAACGCCUAGAAAUUGCUUGCUUUGU